CGCGCUCAGUUACUCUGUGAUACUACAUCUCGCGGCCUCAUCGACCAACGAUAUAAUAUUUCUAGCAAAAAAUAUGUGUAUUCGAUAGAAACCGUCUGUGAUAUAGUAUUAAGUUUAGUGAUAAUAGUGACGAUUUAAUCAAGCGAAUAUACUGGAUUUUAAUGAAUACAAUUCACAAUGAUUUUGCUCAGAAUAUUAAUGAACACUGUGGUGGCAAUAUUGAGUACCUCAUCGAUCGUACAAUGUGUAAGUGUAUUAGGACCGCGUUUACUACGGCCACAUAGCUCUUAUAAAGUAUCAAUAGCAGGAGGAUCACGAGCACAUAAUCUGUAUGUGGCUGUGGAGGGGAAAAGAUCGACUGGAGAACAAUUUACUCAAGGGAGAGAGGUUCAGAUCCCGGCCGCUACCUCCAAACUUAUAAAUAUCGAAAUCAACGACCCAGGGCCCGGUAAAUAUAAGCUAGUCGCCAGAUCAACAUCGGGGCCUCAGUUUUCAUCUUCGGCACCCUUGGUGUACCAGCCUCGAAGUUUUUGCAUUUUCGUACAAACAGACAAAAAAGCGUACCAGCCAGGCGACACUCUUAACUUUAGAGUUAUUGCUUUAGACAAGUACCUGUUGCCGCUGUCCAAUGCUGUGGAUAUUAGUAUUUUGGAUACCGGCGGGUCCCCGGUGAGGCAGUGGGCCGGUGUGCCCUUAGACAGGGGGGUGUUUAGCGGUGAACUUGUGCUCGCUGACGAACCUGCUCUAGGACAAUGGACUGUACAGGUCGAAGUCCGGGGUCAAACAUACUCGAAACAUAUUAUGAUCGCAGAUUAUGUUCUGCCCAAAUUUCAAAUGGAUAUGGAUAUACCUAAAGAAGUAUUGUUCAGUGAAGGUGCAUUCAAUAUAAACCUCACAGCAAAUCAUUUCAACGGACUCCCAGUAACAGGCGAACUCACGAUAUCUGCAUACGCGGUGUUUUUCUCGAACCUUCUACAGCCCGUGUUUUCGAACCCCGCUCGUAAAGUGAUCAACUUCAAUGGCAACGCCAUAGUUCCCUUUAACUUGAAGACUGACCUCGAUCUAGCCGAGGACGCCGCGAGACCACUAGUAGUGGAGGCUGUACUAGAGGAAAAAGAUACUCUAAUAAAACAAAAUGUAUCUGCGAGGAUAUUACUGUUACGUACUCCUUAUCGAUUGAAAAUCACAGCACCUGAUUAUUUUAAACCGAGGUUGCCUUUUAAUGUCCAAAUUGAACUUGUAAACUCAACUGGGCACACAUUAGACGUGUCAGAUGAUGUCUCUGUGGAGAGGCUGUGGGAUGACGGCGCUCCAGUUAACGUCACCAACAUCGCUCUCAAGAAUGGAGUCGCCAUGUACUCUAUUACACCUGAUAUUGCACAUACAAAUUCGACUCUUAAUAUUGUGGUGAAAUACAAAGAGGUAUCAGAGCGUAUAGUUAACGUUCAAAAAAGUCUAUCGCCCGGUGGACAAUACCUAACUCUAGAAGUUCUAUCAAGUCAUACUUCAGUAGAUGACAAGAUACACGCAAAGAUAGUGGCCACAGAGGCUAUGGACAUUAUUCACUAUGUGGUCAUCGGACGAGGUGAUAUUGUCGUCGCUAAAACACUAGAACUGAACCCACCGCUCCGUGCUAUAGACAUAACGAUACCAGUAUCAUCAGCCAUGUCUCCGGGCUGCACGCUACUAGCGUGGUACCCGAGGCUAGACCCCGCUGACCGACUGCUAGCUGCUGCUGUAUAUGUGCCUAAUGAUAAAUUGCUGCAAAAUAAGGUGUCAGUAACUCCCGUAUCAUCGAGCUCAGUAUUCCGUCCCAACGGUCUGGUGGAGUUCCGUGUGACCGGGGAGCCGGGCUCUCAGGCCGCUCUUCUGGGUGCUGAUGUGAAAGCCAUCGCUAGCGGCCUCGCGGAUCCGCUGGGAAGUGGGCUGGAUAUGCAUACGAUCGAACGAGAAGUGGAAAGUUUCAUUGGUAUAAAGCACUCCAUUUUCAAAAACGAAGACACAUUACCGGGAAUGGGAUUUGAUUUGGGCGGUCGCUCUACAGCAGAUGUUUUCCAUAACGCCGGUGUUGUCAUUUUAACUGAUGGCAUUGUUACUAGUAAUGUACAAGAAGCAGAAGCACCAGAGACGGGCACGCGCGCGCCGAGCGCAGGCCCGUACGCGUUUAGCCGCGUGCCCGCGCCGCCCUCGCCGCGCCUGCACCUCGCCGCCAGCCCGCACAACACCUGGAUGUUCAAUAACCUGUCCAUUGGUGACGAUGGUAAAGGCUCACGGGAAAGUUGGUCUCCAUUAACUCCCGGCAGUUGGUCCGUAGGAGCGUUCGCCGUGCAUCCCACCCUAGGCCUAGGUCUUGCUUCCCCACAGCAAUUCACUACCACAGUCCCGUUGACCAUAACAGCUGAACUACCGGAAUCAUUGCAAAAAGGCGAAACCCUAGCUGCUAUAGUCACAUUGAAAAAUUCUCUAGCUGUGGACACGUCUAUUGAAGUCACAUUCCAUAACUCUGAUCAAUACUUUGAUUUCGAACCCUUGGAAAAUACGAUCGAUUCGACUAAAAAAAUCGAAUUAUUCCGUCGUCUACGUGUGACGGUACCAGCGCGCGGUUCAACAAGUACUGCGUUUUUGGUCAGCGUCGUGCGUGUUGGAGAAGCGCCUGUUAUCGUUGAGGCCACUGGCAAUGGCGUUUCCGCUUCCCUAUUCCGAACUAUUGAUGUUAAGGACGGCUACGAAGAAGAAGUCUGGUCGUGGUCCCUCCUGGACGCCCGGCGCGGCGUGGCCCGCGCCAACGUGUCUCUGUCGCCCGCUCUGGGGACGCGAGUCGCCGCCGUCUCUCUAGAGGCAGCUGGAGACCUAAUUGCCAACUCCUUCCGCGCGUUAAAGUCUCCCGCUAUAGUCGCCGCCGACGCUGCGUACGCGCUACGCCCGUUGGCUCGAGCUUGCAUACUGUUGGACUAUCUUCAGGUGACAGAACAGGGCGAUGAAAUUACGAUAUCAAAAGAGGCACGUGCUCAAGCUUCAUUUGGCUAUCAAAGGUUGAUGGCCUUCCGUAAACCCGACGGAUCCUUUUCACAGGAAACAGGAGAGGAUGCUGAAUCAGAUGUUUUUAUGACAGCGACAGCGGCGCGCUGGCUGUCCCGCUCGAGCCGCUACGUGGCGGUGUCGCCGGCGGCGGGCGGCGCGGCGCGCUGGCUGGCGGCGGCGCAGGCGGCGGACGGCGCCUGGCCCGCGCCCCCCGCGUCCCCCGCGCCCUCCGCGCCCUCCGCGCCCCGCCGCAACGCGCCCGCGCUGCGCACUUACGCGCUCACCGCGCAUGCGCUCAUCGCUUUGCUUGAUACAAAGGGCAGCGAAGUGCUGUACAAGAACGCGAUAAACAAAGGCGUGGACUACAUAGCGCGUCACCUGUCGGGGGAGCUGGACGCGCAGGCGCUGGCGCUGGCGGCCGCCGCGCUCGCCGCCGCGCGCCACCCGCAGGCCACGCGCGCUAUCGAACUUAUGGACCAAUAUGCCAAUACCACUGCAUCCACACUGUUUUGGUCUCGCAAACUGCCCGGUUCUGAAUGGAGAAACCCUUGGCUAAAGGGGAACAGUUUGGAAGCGUCCACAGCCGCGUGGGCUCUUCGCGCCAUGUUGAACUCUAGGCUGGUGGAAGAAGGUGUUCCUGUAGCUAGGUACCUUCUGCAAGCCUUAGACCCCCGUGAUCAGGAUCCUGAUGUUUUGGAUGCACUGGCACAAUUUGCUGAAGCGAUAAAAACGUCAACAAAAUUAAGGGUGGCAGUCAAUGUUACUGGCUUCGAGGAACCCCGUCAAUUUAACAUCGAUAGUGAUAAUGCUCUUAUCAUACAAACACAAUUGAUACGUAACAUCAGAUCAGCAAGUGCGAUAACAGAAGGCCGGGGCCUCGCAGUAUUGGGGCUUAGUGCUAAAGGCAGCACUAACGUGACGGCCGCUUGGCCUAGAUACACGCUCGAUCCUAGAGUAGACCAGGUGUCUACAAAGGAUCGAUUGCAGCUCUCCAUUUGCAUUGGAUUCGUGCCCGUUGGAAAUGAAACAGAGAGUGGAUUAACUCUUCUCACAGUACAGCUGCCGUCGGGCUACCUUGCUGAUAUUAACACUAUUACUGAACUUACCGCGGCACGGCACGUAGUGGGCGCGCGGUUGCGAGCGGGCGGCGCGCGCGUGGUGGCGUGGCUGCGCGCGGCGCGGGCCGAGCGCUGCGCCACGCUGGCCGCGCCGCGUGCCCUGCCGGUUGCUAGGCAACGACCCGGCUGGGCCACGCUGAUGGAUUUGUAUGAUUCCAGUCACCGCGCGCGCAUGUUCUUCCGCGCGGUAUCGAGCAGCGCGUGCGACGUGUGCCGCGCGUGGGCGUCGUGUGCGCGCGCGUGCGGCUCGCUCGCGCCGCAGCGCGCACCCUCCCCCGCCGCCCCCGCCUCCCCCGCCUCCCCCGACACCGCGCACGCGCACUCGCCCGCUCUCACAGUAAUACUGCCUCUCGCACUUGCGCUAGCGAUGCGAUGCUACGUACUGUAGCUGCACAUCUGAGUGGUAACUAUUUAGUAUGUUUGGUUCUGAUAUCGCGCACGCGCACUCACCUGUUCUCACCGUAAUGGUGGAACUCAUUCUAACGCUACUACAACGCUGUGAACUAUAUAUUUAAUAGCAGUUGCGAAUUAUAGCAAUAGUAACUGUCAGUCACGAUCUUCUCCCUCUCAUAGCAGGGAGAUUUGCGCUAGCGCUGCUACUGUGAUGUUACUAAGUGACAAGUUUAGUUGCACUAGUAACUGUAGUACUUUCGUCAACUCCGUUAUUUUAGUAUAAUGAAAUGAAAAAAA